GACCCGACGGAUCAGCUGAGCUAAAAACAACAACAAUUACCAUCGGCCGACGGUGUAAACAAGUGUAAGCUGAAGGAGAUGUAAACAAACGUGAGCUCAAGACAAUAUAAACAAAUGCCCAGUUGUGGGUCGAUUACCUGUGCCCGGGUGGGCUAUUCCCCGUAUAAAAAAAAAGAAAUAGCCUACCUUGUGGCCACAGUCGAGCCCCCCAGAUUCCCCAGGUUCUACCAUCAGAACCUAACAUAACCUGGAUGCAUCGGAACUCACUGUUGAUCAAGAAAAUGGCUUGUGUUACAAUGUUGGCAACUGCAUUUGUGGUAAUAUCCCUUGUACCCGUGUCUUGGGCCUCCACUUGCCCUUUGGUCCUCAAAACAAAUGCACAGGUGGAACGAAGGCUACUGAAUGAAGGCUUCCACAGAGAUUUGGAAACAACAGUAUUUUUGUCUUCCCCAGAGGACCUACAGUCAUGUUUAGUUCUCAUUAAAGAAGUCCUCCCUCCUGGCUCUUAUGUAGACCCUAAUCAACUCCGCUUCCUCAGAGCAUUUGGGGGUCCUGAUUUCCAUGUUCCACAGAUUAUUAAUGUGGAGACUCCAGAACAUCUGUCGCCCCGAGUUCUUGCUUACUUCUACAUACUUCCUCAGCCUAUGAGUGAUGGACGAUGGCUGGUGAACAUAACUGUUCCCAUCCACCUACGCUAUCACAGGGCUCGGAGUGGAGAGUCUUAUUCAUUGGAGGUCCCAGUGAGAUUACAACACCCGGCUGUACUUGUCCAGUGUGAAGAUGUGGGUGGAGAUGCAUGCCGGCCUCUUGUACAGCUGGAACCAUGUCCUCCAAGUGGUGUGCAGCUGUGUGAGUGGCUGCCUGUAAAUACCUUCAGCACGAGUGAGGCAGUUAUGGGUAUUGUUCCAGUGGGCAAUACAGACCUGCUGGACACCGUGCUGCUCACUACCACCUGCAUCACUGCUGGGGCCACACUACUGAUCCUGGCAACACUUAGGAAGAAAUAAAUCCUUUGAGUUAAUGCUUCAAGAAGUAAUUACUCGUCCAAGAUAAUCACUUACUUAAGAUUAAGCAUUUUCAGUUAACAUCUAGAAAACUAAUGUGUUUGACUUGACACUAAAUCCAGAUUCUUAUUUAGUUGUCACUUAUAAACACUAAAGCUUUUGAGUUAACACUUAAAAAAAGAUGAAUUGCUUAUACUGUAUUUAUGUUAUGUUUAGAGAAUUAUAAGACUUCGAGUUCGCUAACUAUUUUUCAUGGACAGUUUCCCAUCAUUGUUAAAGUUACAGUCAGUUCUGCUAUAACGCGAUAGUUGUGUUCUUGUAAAAUAUCGUGUUAUAGAAAAUUGCGUAAUAGAAAUAACAGGGCUUAUGGAGAAAAUAGGGUUAGGUGCAGAUUACUACUUGAAAUCGAAAAACAGUUGGUAAUUAGCCUAACACAAAGGAUAGCACAGUCUAAAUAAAUGUUACAUUCAUAUCUAAUAAUGAAAUCAUACAGUAAAUGUAACACUUUACCUUGAAAAAAUAUGAAUAUAACUUG